AUGGCAGGGGAAGAAGAAAAGCCAACUCUGAAGUCGGCCAUGAAGGCUAUACGUGACUCACACAAUGAGCUCUCAGCUAAGAUUGACAGGAAUCGAACUGACCUACAACAAUCCCUGGCGAAAAUUGAACAAGCUCAAACCACGCUUUUUGAGCAAGUGCAGGAAAUGGAGACCCGCGUUGGAGCUAACGAGGACAACAUGGUGGACGCUGUGACCCGUAUCACCACAAUGGAUAACGAAAUCAAACUCCUGAAAACCCGCGGACCGGACAAGACCCAUCAUAUAGUAGCAAAAUUUCUCAACUACAGGCAAAGAGAGAUGGUGCUCCGCUUGGCCAGAGAAAAGCACCCUCUGCUUCUAGACGACAACCGCAUCUCAUUCUACCCGGACUACAGCGCUGAGACCCAACGCAACAUGCUCGCAUACAACGAGGUGAAGAAGAAACUACGGGAUAAAAACAUCGAGUACGCGAGCCGCUAUCCUGCAAAGCUGAGAGUGCGCCACGAAGGGGCAUUCAAGCUUUUCUCAUCACCCGCGGAGGUGGAAAACUUUCUCCGCACUUUGGAAGAUUAA